CAUAGUAGGAUUUAUUAGUUACACGUCUACAUACGUCACUCGUUAUUAUGCUGUAUUAUGUUUAAAUAUCCAUCUGGAGCAUCUGCUAUAGUAUAUUAUUAUAUUGUGAUUGUGUAUAUUAAUACCAUUUAAAAUAAUCAGUGACCUGACAUUUUCCCAACAGCGUGUGAAUUUUAUUCGAAAAUUCUCUAUUUAUCAUCAAAUAUAAUAAUCUGUCAAAACUUUCUGGCUUUUAAACUGUCCCGUAAACAAUAAUCAAUAACAUGUGGAACGAGAGGAAUUAAAAAACAAAAUACGCGUUAAUAUAAUUAGAGGUGUUAUUUUAAGCGGGGAAAAAAUAAUUGAGAAAUGGAAAUUGCGAAGUCUCUUCUACAAGUACGAAACCAUGAAGGUUAUGUUGGCAGAGAGGAUCAUAAUAAGAAGGUAGAAACUGCGGUCUCGGACGAUGAGUACGAAUUGGAAGGAGCGGGAUUGUCAGGUGAAGUUUUAUCUCCUGCACCUGGAGGUCCUUUUUCGGCUCUUACACCCUCAAUGUGGCCUCAGGAUAUUUUAGCAAAAUUGAAUCAACCAGACGAUCCGAAUUCCCAACCGGAGUACAGAUUUGACGAAUUUGGAUUUCGUGUGGACGAGGAAGAUGGACCAGAGCAAAGUUCGAAAAAAUUAUUAGGUGUUCCUUUCGUCGAAGACCCUCAGCACAGAUUACAGUGGGUGACACUUUUAGAAUUUAGUCACAAUAAAGAAGUAUCUGAAUUAUCAUGGCAGCAUGUCGACAGAAGAUUGCCGAGAAGUGAUAAAUUACGUGAAAUGGUACAUCAAGGAAUUCCUCAUUCGCUUCGGCCACAAAUUUGGAUGCGAAUGUCCGGAGCGUUGCAGAAGAAAAUUUCUUCGGAAACUACCUAUCGAGAUAUUGUAAAAGCCUCGAGUAAUGACGCUCUAAUGACAAGUAAACAAAUUGAAAAAGACUUGUUACGUACAAUGCCUGCGAAUGCAUGUUUCAGCCAUUUGCACAGCACCGGAAUUCCUCGAUUAAGAAGAUUAAUGCGAGGCCUCGCUUGGCUUUAUCCCGAAAUUGGAUAUUGCCAAGGAACCGGAACAAUAGCAGCGUCAUUAUUAUUAUUACUAGAGGAGGAAGAUGCAUUUUGGAUGAUGGCAACGAUUGUUGAAGAUUUGUUACCAGCUUCUUAUUAUUCCUCCACAUUAUUAGGAUUACAAGCAGACCAAAGAGUUUUACGAACAUUAGUGUCAAACUACUUACCGGACAUUGAUCACGUUCUUGUUCAACACGACAUUGAAUUAAGUCUCAUAUCAUUGAAUUGGUUCCUCACUUUAUUUGCCUCAGUUGUACAUAUGAAAAUUCUUCUCCGAAUUUGGGAUCUUUUUCUCUUUGACGGUUCCAUUGUUCUCUUUCAAGUCACCCUCGGAAUGCUGAAAAUUAAAGAGGGUGAAGUUAAGCAAGUUGAGAAUUCCGCUCAAAUUUUCAAUGCCUUAUCGGAUAUUCCCGGGGACAUUGACGAUGUCGAUCAAUUAUUUAGGGUUUCUAUGGAAGUCAGUGGAUCAUUGACAGACGUUUUGGUUGACACACAUCGAAGACGGCAUUUGGCAUAUUUAAUGGUCGAUCAAGGUGGACUUGUGGGAAAUCCAGACGCGUCACCAAAUUUACCAAAACAACAUCUCAAUCGUCGUCAAAUGAAAAGAAGUAAAUCAGUAAUUCAAACAAUUUUAUUUGGCAAUGACAAUUCAGAGGACGAUGCCAAAUGUAAAAAUAUUCGCCAAACAGAACUUUUAGUCGAUCUUAGAGAAGCAAUUUUACAAGUGGCACGACAUUUUAUGAAUCUCGAUCCAAAAUUAAGUAAUUCAUCAUUAGUCGCCGAUUAUAUGAUGGAGAGUCACGCUAAGGAUCACGAUAAUUAUGUGAAUGUCUCGCGAAUCCGUCAGAGGAGAGCAAAGGCUCUAUUGGAUUUUGAACGACACGAUGAUGAUGAAUUGGGUUUUCGAAAAAAUGACAUAAUCACGAUAAUUAGUCAGAAAGAUGAGCACUGCUGGGUGGGAGAGUUAAAUGGAUUACGAGGUUGGUUUCCCGCAAAGUUUGUCGAACUAUUGGACGAGCGAAGUAAACAAUAUACUUGCGCCGGGGAUGAUACUGUGAGUGAAACGGUGACGGAUUUAGUGCGAGGAACUUUAUGUCCGGCAAUAAAAGCCGUUUUAGAGCAGGGAAUGCGAAAGCCGAGCUUUCUAGGUGGUCCAUGUCAUCCAUGGCUUUUUAUUGAGGAGGCAUCAACGCGAGAAGUUGAAAAGGAUUUUAAUUCCGUUUACAGUCGAUUGGUUCUCUGUAAAACUUAUCGACUCGACGAAGAUGGCAAAGUUCUCACACCGGAAGAGUUGCUCUAUCGUUGUGUACAAUCGAUUAAUUUAAGCCAUGACAAUGCACACGCCCAAAUGGAUGUUAAAUUACGUUCUCUCAUUUGUCUCGGACUCAAUGAACAAGUUCUUCAUCUCUGGCUCGAGGUCUUGUGCUCCUGCGUUGAAAUCGUGCAAAAAUGGUAUCAACCAUGGAGUUUUGUCAAUAGUCCCGGAUGGGUCCAGGUGAAAUGUGAAUUAAGAAUACUCAGUCAAUUUGCUUUUAAUUUGAAUCCUGAUUGGGAAUUGCCACCAAAGAAGGAACAAUCACAGCCAUUAAAAGAUGGAGUUCGUGACAUGCUUGUGAAACAUCAUCUGUUUAGUUGGGAUUUAUAAAAAAGAAAAAAGACUUUUUCUCUUUUUUUUGUCAAAAGACAUAAAACAAAAGUAUUUUAAAUACUAAUCGUAAAAAAAACUUUUUAACGCCAAAGUUUACAAGAAAGCAAUCAACAAGCUAUUUUAUACUAUUCAAGAUUUUUUAAAAAUCUCUUAUUUCGUUUUUAACAUAUUGAAUUUUAAAAAGGAAUCUUUUUUCCCUGUUUCAAUAACGUUUAUAGAGAAAUUGCCAUUUUAUCCAAUUUUUUAUCUUUUUUUUCGAAAAAUGAGAGAAAAGUUUUAAAAGAAUUUUAGAAAAGUGAAAAUUGCUUCAAUAGUUUUCUGCAUUUUGUUUUUUAAGGGAAAUCAAAAUAGAAGUGGUUACUGUGAACUUUUCAUUCACGUCCAUAUCCGUCCUAUUAAUUCAUUUCGAAAAAUGUUUUAAACAAAGCGAAGAAAAUUAAUUUUAUAUCACAUUCAAAGUAAUUUGAUUUAAUUAAAACUACUUUAAUUAAAUUAAA